AACAUUGUGCAUCAAUUUUUUGCCGCCGAGAUUGACGUUAUUGUCUAGGUUCGAAGGUCUCGUCUCUAUUCUUAUAGUGUACUAGAAUAUUAUACAAUUCUGUCGGUGAACAACAUGGCGUCGAAAGCUAGGUUUCAAGAUGGUGAGAAGGUUCUGUGCUUUCAAGGGCCUCUGUUGUACGAAGCAAAGUGCAUCAAGGCCCAGGUUAAAGACGAGCAAACCAUGUACUUUAUCCACUACAGGGGCUGGAACAAAAAUUGGGACGAGUGGGUUCCUGAAAGCCGCGUACUUGAGUUCAACGAUGUUAAUCUCGAAAAGCAAAGGGAACUCCAGAAGGCACACCUGUCCUCAGCCUCUCAUUCGCACUCUGCUCUAAAGAGGAAAAAUAAAAAAGCUACUAAACCAGAAAAAGAGGUAGAGAAGAAAUGCAGAAAAAAGCCCCAGAAACGGAAAGGUGCUGCAGCGACGGCGGCAGCUGCUUCUUACCAGCGAACUUCUAGUCAGGCUUCAGAGUCUGGUGGCGAAAGACGGAGAAAGAAACGAAGGCGUCUGGACACCCAUGUUGAGUCGGAAAAAGCAUUUUUGCCCGGAGUAGAGAUCAAGGUGCGGAUACCAGAGGAACUGAAGCCAUGGCUUGUAGACGACUGGGACCUUAUGACAAAACAAAAAAAGCUUGUACAGCUUCCCUGCAAUGUCACUGUGGACCGUAUUCUCACGGAUUAUGUGAAACAGGCGACGUCAGUACAAGGAAUUUCAUCUAAGAAGGAGAGUAUCGUCAUCGAGGUGACAAAUGGACUCAAGGAAUACUUUAAUGUGAUACUAGGAAGCCAACUUUUGUACAAGUUUGAACGUCCUCAGUAUGCUGAUGUUUUAAAUGAAAGGCCGGACACUUCUAUGUCACAAAUAUAUGGUGCCAUUCACCUGCUAAGGCUAUUCGGCUUGGCAGCAUGUUGGCUUAUACCCCGCUGGACGAGACGAGUGUCCAGCUUCUGCUACAUCAUAUUCACGAUUUUCUCAA